AUGGUGCAAGCUCGGAUAUGCUGGUACCUGGAAGAACAUCAUUGUCUCCCGAACUGCAUGACCGGUUUUAGGAGAGGGCUGGCAGCCCAAGACAGUAUCCUGGACCUAACAAGUGAUAUUGAGGACAACAAGAACAGGCGGAGGAACACGAUUGCGGUGUUCUUGGACGUGGAACGAGCUUACGACAGCGUGCCGCUCCCUACGGUCCUUAAGAGAAUGACUGAGAUUAGCCUGACCGGUAAAAUUCAAAAGUUCCUGGCAAAUUUUUUAACCGGGCGAAAAAUUCAGAUCAGGUCCGAAGGUACAGUGUCCUCGCCAAGGGUGCUGCACAGAGGGUUGCCACAGGGAAGCGUGUUGAGCCCGGUGCUCUUUAACAUCGUGAUGGCUACACUACCGAACGCCAUCCCACCAACCGCACUCCCGGUACAAGUGUCUAUCUAUGCAGACGAUGUGUACCUCUGGGUGGCAGGAAUAUACACAACACAGAUACACCGGAGCAUACAAGACGCCACGCAAGCAGUAGACGAGUUUUUGGCUGAAUCGGGGUUGUCCCUGUCAAAGAGCAAGACCGUCUGGAUGCCGGUACGGGGGAAUGGAAGAAGGUUUCAACCGCCAAGCAUCGUGUUAGCGGGGGAGAACGUCACAAAGGUCACCAAGCAGAGGUUCCUGGGAAUCGUCAUCACAAGCAGGUUGAGAUGGCCACAAGCCGUAAAAGCGACAUCGGAAACAUGCAGGCCUGCCAUGAACGCUGUUCGCCGUAUGACUGGAACCGCGUGGGGAUGCACGGAGCGGACCACCACAGCUGCCCACACGGCGCUUGUAACGUCAAGGGUAAUGUAUAGACUCCCAUACAUGGCCCCAUCUCGGACGGACCUGGAGAGGAUGGAACAACGACAUCGGCAUGGACUACGAACAGCACUGGGGAUUCCCAACGCUGCCAGGAACGACGCGGUCCUUCUGGAGGCGGGAACAGAGUCGCUCGCAAGACAGGCCAAAGGAAGGAGACUUCACCAGCUGGCGCGAUUAUCUAUGACCCACCCGGGCAGAUGGUUCCUACAUCGAGUCCAGGCCCGGAUGAAAUCGCUAUGGAGCGAGGCGGUAGAAGAGUUCCACAAUGUCACGGACCCACUACCGACGAGGACGGACGAAGCAAGGAUGGCUCCAUGGGACGUAAUCAAGGUGUCCAGUGACUUAAGAAUCAAGCACCUGCGUUCCAAGAAAGAUAGGUCAGGCAUCGCUAUCAGAGCAGCAGUUGAAGCACACUUGGAAGAACACCAUAGGGGGAAGCUUCGAAUAUACACGGACGGGUCCGUAAACAAAGCAAGAACCUCCAGCACUGCGGCCUACUGCAUACCAGAGAAAGGCUGGGAGUGGGGCGGGAGACUUCAAACACCCACAUCUUCCACGGUGGCCGAACUGGUUGGCAUCGAUAAAGCCCUCCAAGCUGCCACCCUAUUGCCACCACAGGGAAUGGUGGUGCUCACCGACUCGAGAUGCGCCCUUCAGAAGAUUGCGAAUGCAGAGUGCGGGGACCCAGCAACGACCGCCGUAAGAAAGUCACUAGCAUCGUUGGAAGCACGCGGAUCCACAGCGUGGCUCCAGUGGAUUCCAGGGCAUGCGGGGAUCGAAGGGAAUGAACAGGCAGACAGGCUGGCCGCAGCUGCUCACUUGGAAAUCCCGGCUGUCCCGUCACCGGCAAAUCCGCAACAGGCUGCACUUGACGUCCGCUGGUACCUUUUAAAUGCAAGUAACGAGCCGGCGCUGCCAAAAGGAGCCCUGUCUGGAUUGUCACGGGCGGCAGAGACCCUGGUGCGACGCUUGCGCACAAACACGGCCAACACGAAGGCUUUUCUGGUCAAGAUGGGAAAACGGCGGAUGUCAGAAUGCUCGCAAUGCGACGAGGAAGAGACUGUGCACCACAUUCUCCGAGUCUGCCCGGCAUACGAAGCUCAACGAACUGUGCUGUAUGAACAAAUCGGCAUGGAUAAUCCGGGAGCAACAGUCGAUAUCCUCUUCCCAGAUGGACCUCGAAGGAAGUGCCAGAAAGUGUUCAAGGCGGUGCUGCGCUUCCUGCGGGAUAUUGGCUUGAUCGACCGACUGUAG